AUGGUCCGUGAACUCAAGCACCACGAGAAAAAGCUUCUCCGGAAGGUCGACUUCCACAACUACAAGUCCGAUGGCAACCACCGCGAGCACCAGAUCCGUCAACGGUACCUCCUCCAAGACCCAAUGGACUACAAGAAAUACAACUCCCUCUGCGGAUCUCUGCGUCAACUCGCCCACAAGCUCUCUCAGCUGGACCCCGAGUCCGACCCACUGCGCAAGAAGCUCGAAUCCGAGCUCCUGGACAAGUUGUGGCGCAUGGGUAUCCUGAAGCAGUCUCGCGAGCAGGGCGCAGGUCUGUCCAAGGUCGAGCGCGAAGUGACUGUUUCCGCUUUGUGUCGGCGCAGAUUGGCUGUCUUCAUGGUGCGCUCUGGAAUGGUGGAGACUAUCAAGGCUUCUACGACUUUCAUCGAGCAGGGCCAUGUUCGCGUUGGUACGGAGGUCGUCAAUGAUCCUGCGUUUUUGGUCUCCCGCAACAUGGAGGACUUCGUCACCUGGGUGGAUUCCAGUAAGAUCAAGCGCAACAUCCUGCGUUACCGCGAGAAGUUGGAUGACUUUGAUCUGCUGUGA